AAUCCGUUUCUCUCACCCCCGCCACUCGCCAGCAACGCGGACACGCCCUCCGCCGCUCUUCCUCUGCACCCCAGUCCUCUCCCACAACCACUUCCGGCGGCCACGCCCUCGGCUUCUCCGUACUUGCUGCUCGCCCGUCCCACCACCAUAAUUUUCCACCAGCGAUUGUAAAUUUGUGGGAGGCACAUUCGCCGAGGAUGGCUGUAACCCUACUUCGAGGGAUGAGAACGCCGAUACCAUUCAGAUCGAACUCCGGCUUCUUCUCCACUGUCCUACGGCCUCGGUUGUCCCGCUUCACGACUAGGGCGGAGAGUGCGCAGGCCACAGAACCCAAAGCGGCGCCCAGGUCAAUUCAGCUGGCGACCAAGGAGGCGGCUGAGCAGAAAACACAAGGCUUCGAAGCCAUCAUCGGGAUUGAGACCCAUGUCCAGCUCUCGACCGUCACGAAGGCGUUCUGCUCCUGCCCUUACAGCUAUGGUUCCCAGCCCAACAGCACUAUCUGCCCCACCUGCAUGGGCCACCCGGGGACGCUGCCGGUUCUGAAUGAGAAGGUGGUCGAGUGCGCCGUGAAGCUGGGGCUCGCCCUCAACUGCGAGAUCUCAAUGACGUCCAAGUUUGAUCGCAAGCAGUAUUUCUACCCGGACCUCCCCAAGGGGUACCAGAUUUCCCAGUUUGACAUCCCCAUUGCCAAGAAGGGUUGUGUCGAUUUGGACCUUCCAGUGGAGUUUGGUGGUGGGCAUAGGAAAUUUGGGGUCACAAGGGUUCACAUGGAAGAAGAUGCUGGCAAGCUGCUUCAUUCUGAAUCCAGCAGCUACUCUCAGGUUGACCUAAACAGGGCUGGCGUACCUUUGCUCGAAAUUGUCUCAGAGCCAGACAUGAGAACAGGGAUAGAAGCUGCUGAGUAUGGUGCUGAACUGCAAAGGAUUGUUAGGUACCUGGGAGUGAGUAAUGGUAAUAUGCAAGAAGGUUCCCUUCGUUGUGAUGUGAACGUUUCUGUUCGACCAGUUGGACAAUCAGAAUUUGGUACAAAGGUGGAAAUAAAGAAUAUGAACUCAUUUUCUGCGAUAAAUAGGGCAAUCGAUUAUGAGAUCUCCCGGCAGAUUCUGCUCCAUAAAGAAGGCCAGGCUGAUCAAAUUGUACAAGAAACCCGCCUGUGGGAUGAAUCUUCUCAGAAAACUUUUACAAUGCGAAAAAAGGAGGGACUUGCCGACUAUAGAUAUUUUCCAGAACCUGAUCUUCCUGAAGUAGUUAUCACUAGUGACUAUAUUAAUGAAAUCAGCAAGUCAAUGCCGGAGCUUCCAGAAGCAAAGCGUAGGCGUUAUGAGAAUAUGGGACUCAGCAUGCAAGAUGUUCUGUUCCUUGCUAAUGAUGAUAAUAUUGGUCAUUUCUUUGAUUCUACUCUUGAGCAUGGUGCUGAUGCAAAGCUGGCUGCCAACUGGAUCAUGGGUGACAUCGCUGCUUAUCUCAAAGAUGAAAAAGUAUCCAUUGAUGAAAUUAAAUUAACACCUCUAGAGCUUUCUGAACUGAUAGCAUCAAUUAAGAAUGGAACUAUAAGUGGGAAGAUCGGCAAGGAGAUACUGGCCGAGCUCAUUGCCAAAGGCGGAACAGUUAAGGCUGUGAUAGAAGAGAAAGAUUUGGUUCAGAUAGCAGAUCCAGCAGCAAUUGAGGCAAUGGUAGAUAAAGUAAUUGCUGAUAAUCCAAAGCAACUUGAGCAGUACCGUGCUGGAAAAACUAAGCUACAAGGAUUUUUUGCUGGCCAGGUGAUGAAAGCAUCGAAGGGGAAGGCCAACCCAGUUUUGUUGAAUAAAAUUCUUGGAGAGAAGCUAAAUGCCAAAUAAUUAUUUUUACCCCCAUACUGAAUCUCAGGCGUCCAUGAAGAAUGGGACUUCAAAUUCAUAGAAUGAGAUUAAUGUGAACGACGUAGAAGUUUUGUCCACAAUACAGAUAUUAUUGUACUAAGCUGAUACUUUAAAAGGGCGUGUUCAUUAUAUUUUAUGCGAUAGCUUGCCCUAA